GGGGCCGGUUUGUUGACAUUGACCAUGGCUGAGGCAGCAGUCGUCCUGGUGCUGCCGUGUCGGAGACAGCUCUUUUUCCCCCGCUCCCCGCUACUUUGUUGUCAGCUUUUGCUGGUAUUCUACAUAUCCCGCAAUUGAUAGUUUUCCCGCUUUGGGAAGUCUUACCCACUCCUCCCCUGAUCCCCACCUCCACCUCCACCUCCACCUUCUCCUCUCCUCCAUAACCGCACUUUUUCAGUCAAUCUCCAGCGGGAGAAUGACGAAGAUAGGUCAAUUUUUAAAUUUCUUCACCAAUUGGUUCGGCAUGUUGAGAAUUCAACGCAGAGAGCCUGAUCUCUUUGAUGGAAAAAAAGUAUCUUUUGUGGAUGCAGAUACAUCUGGCCGUCUUCAAGAUCUGGAGAUCAAGGAGGAUGAACAAAUAAAGGAAAAUAAAGAGGAAGAGAUACCACCAUGCCAUGAAGACAACACGGGCAAGGCAAUGGAACUGGAGAAUGCACAUGUUCUUAAAUAUGGACGUGAUGAAUCAGAUCUCCCUAAGAAGGGAAAGAGAUUUUGGUUGAGAAGAAGGAAGCAAGUUGUUCGAAAUGGUAAAAACGCUUGUGAUCCACAAUCAUCCCCAAAUCCUGAUCUCAAUAGGAGCAGAAAUUGGGUAUCCAGGAUGUUGAAACGUAACCAAGUCAUACCAAUAGGAGUUAAUCCAAAUCCACGAGAAAUUAUCCCUGAUCUAAAUGAGAGGAGAAUAUGGAUAACCUCUCGCUUCGGCAGUGUUAAUCAGAUACCAAUGGCCUGUGAGAAUGAAGAUCCACACCAAGCCAUUAUCCGUCAUUUAUACGGAAGACCUAUCGAUGAUCAGGAAGAAUUUGUGGCAUAAUUAAUUCUGGCUCGGUGAUUCAUUACUGACUAAUUUAGCUUAAGGACAAUUUGUUUUGGAUUAAACUUUUUUUGCCAAAUUGUAUUCAUCUCUACGCUUUUUAUUGAGGUUGACCAGAUCCUCAACCAAAUUCACCUCUAAACUGGAGUCAGCCUCAAGCUUCUCCUCAGCCCCGGGGGGAGGGGGGGGGGAGCAGCACUUGGGCUGUCUGUGUCAGUCAGCUUCACCAGGAGGAAGCCAGGCAGGCUGCUCAGCCUCCAGAGCUUUAGGCCUGGGCCUUCCUUUGUCAGGACGACUUCUUCAGAGAGUGGCAGGCACAGUCUCAGGGGGCAGGUGAAGGUAAUCCCAGAGAUACUGAAUGUCCUCAUUGGUACCUGUGAGGAAAAUGCCUCCUGCUCAAUAAUUCUCUGGAACUCAGGGGCGGUGAUGUGUCCAAGGCUCAUUUAUUGUCAUUCUCCAGAGAAUGGCCAGCCCAGUGUGCAGCUGGUGGGUGCCAAGAAUGGGGGCUCACAGGCCCCAUUUUACCCCCUAGUCCCUAAUGCAAAUGGACCUUCCCUUUUUUCAUCACUGGUCCUAUUCCUCAAGGGUUAGGAUCUACAUGCAAACAUGAGCUAGCCUGAAAGCAGUAUUCCUAACCCUAAUUUCCAUAAUUACUCUUUGGGAUGGAGUGGGACAAACCAGCCACCCACUCAGAAUCAAUACCUGGGGUUGGAAAAGAAAGUAGAAAAGCAAACAAUGUUUCUUCCUUUCUCAUGAAAGGGCACAAACCUGAAUAUGGCAAGUGCACCACACAAGCUCAGAA